AUGUCGACGCCCGAACAAGAAGACAUCAAAAGAACAUUCCACGGCUCCUGCCACUGCAAGUUCAUCACAUACACCGUUGCCAUCCCCCAGUCUCGGCUCGACAACCCCCGGGCCGGCCGCUGUAAUUGCACAAUCUGCCUCAAGCAGGGAUACACGGGGAUUCGGCUGCCACGCUCGGACUUCCACUUGAUCUCCCUGUCUUCGUUCUCUGAGUGCAAGGACUAUCGCAUGAAUCCUGAACACAACGUGCACAAAUACUUCUGCGGCACCUGCGGCAUCCAUGUAGCCGCGGAGGGGAGCUUCGAGUGGAAGGGAGAGACGAUCGAGUUCUUUCAGUUCAACGUGGUGACGCUGGAGCAGCCGCAGGAGGGCUUGGAUUUGAGUCAGUGGAAGAUGUGUUAUACAGACGGACGCCACAACAAGUUUGAGAACAUCAGGGACGAUGCUCCGUGGCCGGGCGGUGUGCUUUGA